AUGUCCCUUAGAUCCCACCCUCUCGGAAAGUUCUUGUCUCUCGGAUCUCUCCAGUUAGGGUGCCUCGUUCAAAGCGCCAAAAAUCCCCAACAAGAUUUGCACAACCCGUUCGAAUCUCGCCCAACGGACGAUGAAUUCGACGUUGUUUCCCACAAAAACCUCCGCGCAAGUCAAAACUCUUCAAAUACCUCAAAGUUUCGGUCAUACCUCAGUGAUGCGCUCUCCUCCUUUCGCGAGACACGAAGUACCGCCGCCACCAGCCUAAUGACCCCAGAAGCCACGACCUAUGAGCUCAAGAACUCCGGAAAGUGGUUCAAAGAUGCAUGUAAAAACCCUGAAACACAAGAGUGGAUCGAGGAGACCAUCAACGAAAACCGCAAUAUAUACCUUGUUGUCGGAUUUCUUAUCGUCAAAGAUGCCCAGCUGUCCAGAACGCUGGUUUCGAGGACCAAAGGUGGGAUGGGCGCAGAGGUAUUGGCCAAUCCUCUACCUACCGGCGGGAUGGUAAGUAUAACUACUCUGAUAAGCCUUACCUCCGGUGUUCAAUUUUCGAACGAGGCUGCCUAUGGUCAAAUGAGUGUCUUUGAUAUGCCCGGCGACCACAUCAUUGCUGUGCGGUACCGCAAGGUUCAACACAAAUGGUUUCAGAGCCGAAAGGUCAACAAUCUGUUCCUUGAGGAGGGAACUCGAUGGAAGUCUGAUUUCAAGUGGAGGGGAGACGAGGACGAGGACGAAGAUGAGGACGAGGAUAUACUAGACGCAACCCUCACAGGUGUAGAAGACAUGGAUAUCUUAGAGGAAGUAAACAAAAGUGAUGAGGACAUGAGUGGGAUCAAUGAGCCGGCAUCACGUUCACCCUGCCCAGUCACUGAGCAGGAUCCGGCAACCACAAGCCACAGAGUGAAACGGAAAUGGAGCCAGGAUGCUGAAGAGGAAACGCCUAAGCGGCCGAGGAUCUAA